UAUGAUUGAAGAGGAGGGAUAAUAACUUAAAAGUUAAUUGGAAUAACAACUUGUUGAAGCCAUUUUAGAUUCUCUACAAAAUCACAUGGAUCAAAAUGCAACCUUUUUAGGUAAUAAAUUGCAUUCUAUUCAAUAGCUGAAAGAUUGGUUUAUGAGAGAGACACUGAAGAGUUUAGGUCACUAUUGGCUGAAUGUUACUUAUAAGAGAAUUAGCCAUUUAAAGCCUGUCAUAUUCUUAAAGACUGCAAAUCUGAAUAUAAUCGGUAGAAAACUAGUUAAUGCUUUUAGUUAUUAAUAUGCGAUGUCGCUAUUUCAAAAUAAAAAAUACAAGGAAGCUGAAGUAGCUUUAGUGGGAACUCAAUUUAGCAAUUAAUUUUCUAGUUAAACUCCAAACGUGCCAAAUGGUGGAUUUGGUUACUUUUUGUUGGGCUAGAUUUAAGAAUAACUUCAUCGUAUUGAAGAGGCUAAACACCAAUAUUGCAGGGCUUUGGAUUAGAACCCCACAUUAUGGAUGGCCUUUGAAAGGCUGUCCAAAAUUGGUGAAUCUGUGACUAUCAACAAGGUUUUCAAUGAUCAGAGAUAACGACAAUAUGAAACAAAUAGAUAAUAGAGUUGCAACAUCUAUAAGAUAAUAUAAAAUUUGUUGAAAAAUAAGUCACCAAAUCUGAAAUCAGGUCAAAAAGAGGAAGACAUCAAAGAAGAAGUCUAAAUAAAUGACACUGUAAAAUUGAUGCCCCUAUUUUUUAAUAGUAAAUAUCAAGCAAAAGACAAUCCUAAACAAUCAAACCAUUUUCGACAACAGGCGUUCAAUAAUCAAUUGUACAUAUGGAUGACACUUCGAAUAGUUAAAUGAAAUUCUUAUGUAAAUUUAAAUUAUUGAACCUAAAUUAGAGCAUCAAUAAAAGAAAAUAAGUGCCAAAAUGGUACCAACUCCAGGAGUAGGAUAUUAGAAUUAUUAAUCUUUACUCAGCCAAUCCUUUUAAUUCUCACAAAAUUAGAAUAAGAAUUUCAAUCCAAAAAAAAGUGACAUUCAAAAAGUAAACACAGCUGCCAUUUAAUAAUCUCCAAGUCUGAUCAAGUACGAUUAUUUUAUUCCACCAUUAUUAGUUUGCCUUAACUUUUGAAAUUGUUUGCCCACCCAUAUUACUUAUGGACAAAUUAUUCAGUGGAAGCAAUUGCUAAUUUCUAGAAGUUGCCUCCACAACACUAUCGAUCAGGUUGGGUGCUUGAAAAAGUAGCCAGGAGUUUUAUGGAUCAAGUCAAAUAUGCUGAUGCAGAGAGAGUUUGGAAGGAAAUGAGAUAAAUAGAGCCCAAUCGCUUAGAAGGCAUGGACUAUUAUUCAUCUUGCCUAUGGCAUCUGAAAAAACAAUCAGAAUUGACAUACUUAGCUUAUUCAUGUUCGUAAAUCAGUAUGCUAGCACCCGAGACCUGGAUAGCUAUUGGAAAUUGCUUUAGUUUGAGUAAGGAAAUAGACAACUCCAUUAAAUUUUUCGGAAGAGCUAUUUAGUUAAGAAAAGAUUAUUCCUAUGCUUAUACCCUAUCAGGUCACGAGUUCUCACAAAAUGAAAACUUCCAGUAGGCUAAGAAAUCGUAUGACAUGGCCACUUCAUUAGACCAGAGACAAUAUAAUGCUUGGUGGGGACAGGGAAAUAUGUACUAUAAGACUGACAAAUACGAUGAUGCCAUCAGAUGUUUCACUUAGGCAUUAAAGAUAAACUCAAACAACCCAGUUCUACCAACAUUUUUGGCGAUGAGUUAUGCUGCCAAGGGAGAACAUGCUGAGGCUUUGAAAUACUUCGAACAAAGUGAAAAACUAGAUCCUCAAAAUGGAUUGAAUAAGUAUUAGAAAGUAUUGAUGCAUUAUUAUUUAAUAGGCUAAUUCAUUAAUAAAAUUAGAUUAAUAUGAUGAUGCCUUAAUUGAAUUGUAGAGAUUGAGAGAAUUGAUUCCGAAAGAAGCAGCAAUCUACAUCUUGAUGGGGCGAAUCUAUAAGAAACUGGGGAAGAUUUAAGAAGCAUAGAAGUAUGGAGGAUUAUUAAUUUCGUAGUUGUUUCAGCACGGCAAUGUCACUUGAUUAAAAGGAUUCCGCAAAGAUCAAAGGGUUAAUGGAGAGUUUGAAUAAUCCGAAUAGCGAAUUCAACGAUGAUUUUGAUUUAUGACAU